AUGCGCAUGGCUUAUGUAACGGAACGCGAGGCCGCCACAUUCGCCGAUGGCUGCCGCGAUAGCAAUAGCAGAUACAGAUUAACAGAUGGGAAGGAAGGAAACCGCAGCGCUCUGCGCACAGGCCGGCGACCGCGCGAGGCCGCGCCAUGCAAAUGCACCUCUCAAGGCGUCCGCCCCACUUACCACAGCGCCACCACCGCCCGCAGCCGCCACCUGCUCUCCUGCACCGCAUUAAGGCCCUAUUUCCAGUGGCUUAGCCGCAAACGCCCCUCGGUCGUUGCACCGCCGAUGCGUACCCAGUGUUGCCUACUGCGCGCCGAUAAAGUCCAUUUUCCCGUACGCCGCGCGCCGACCAACCGAGAUGCCGGCGCAAACGCUAUCCUUUUAAGUCUAAUCGCUGCAUUGUACGAGAGCUGU